AUGGAACAAUAUUCCAGGAGAGAGUGUCUUGAAAUUCACGGUGUUCCAGUAACAAAUGACGAAGACACUAAUGAAAUAAUAAUGAAAAUUGGUAUUCUGGCCAAUGUUUCUAUUAAACCAGAAGACAUAUCAGUGAGUCACAGGCUUGGCAUCCCAAGCAAUGUUCCUACAGGUCGACCUGCACGUCCACCUAUUAUCAUUGUUAAAUUUGUGCGGCGAAAUGUCAAAGAGGAGUUAUUAUCUUCCCGAAAGAAUUUAAGGAAUAAACUAACUACCGACUUGGGCAUUUCCAGAUUUGCAG